AUGGCCGCCACUCUGCCCAACGUUUCCUCGGACCUGAUCUGGGAGGUCGUCCGCAGCCAGAAUGCGUUCCUGGUCAACCGCAACGAUGCCGGCGGUCUCCAGCUCUCCCGCGACCCCCUCAACUUGGUCAACAAGCACUCCCGCAAGUACGCUGGCUUCGUCAACGACAAGGCCAUCGGCGUUGUCCCCAACGAGAAGGGUGGUGUCAAGGUGAUCAGCAAGAACCAGAAGAACAGCAACAAGCCCGCCAAGAGCCUCACUGAGGUCACAUACGGCGGCAACAAGUCUGCGCGCAAGACCUACUCCGCCGUCGCCCGCCAGGCUGCCGCCGGCGGCUACCGUGGCGACCUCCGCGAGGCCGCCGUCCAGCGUGUCUCCGCCAUCCGUCGCUCCCAGCGCCCCGUGAAGCCCACCCCCGAGAAGAAGCCCCGCGGCAACAAGGCUAAGAAGGCCGACACCGAGACUGAGGCAUAA